AUGCGAAUCGCAACGGAAGAAGGCGAUCGAGCAGUGAUCACUUUGGAAUUCAUAAUAUCCACCGCCCUGCAACAGAAAAUCCAACAAAAACGGCCAGCGAGUCCAAUCCUUUCGGAAACAGCUUCCAAGAAAUCCCCCGUUUUCACCGUGGACCUCUUCAAAAAUGAGCCCCCAACGUCGGUGAUCGUCAACCCAGAGCCGCCACACUCUGAUGCCGCCGAGGAGGAGCAUUUUUCCGAUUCGGAGAGCUCGGAUCAGGGCACGAAUGAAGACUCCGGCUCGACUGAAUGUAUUUCGCCUGGUCCCGGGAAUCCUGGAGACGUUUUUUGCUCGGUUCCUGGCCGCCUGUCACUAUUGUCUUCUACCUCAAAGUACAAGGUUACCGUGGCUGAGUUGCAACGACGACUAUCACCUCCGGAGUCUCUCAAUGCCUCGAUCCUCGGCGGCAUUUUGCGGAGAGCGAAAUCCAAGAAUGGCGGCAAAUCCCUGCGAGACUCCCUUGAGAAGAUCGGCCUCUCACUACCGGCCGGACGAAGAAAGGCCGGAAGCGUCACCCUCCUGACCUCGCUUGUUGAAGGAGAAGCUCUCCACUUGGCGCGCGACUUUACGUACGUCUGUAACGCUGAAUUCCCCGCCGCCGCCCUGGCCGAUCACAGCACGAGAAGAAGUGAUGAGGAGCGAGAGACCCGGAUAGAGCAGCUACGACAUGCCAAAACCAUCCUCCGUGAGUUCACCGAACUGCUCCAGUCCGACCGGUCGCCGAUGCAGAACAACCAGCCGGACUCGCUACUUGAUAAUGGUACCCAGGAAGCCCUCACCGGCUUCUCCCUAUCAACACACGGUUUCGGAACACCUGCUGUCUUGGCAGCGAUGAACUGCUUGCAAAAAUAUCUCGCCGAGUGCAUCGACCGAGUCAGCGAGCCCGAACCUGCGCAAUCAACCCCCGUCGGCCCGGCUGUUUCCGGCCUGGACCUCUCCAUCUUCCAGUCCAACCCGACGUUGGCCUCGAUCCUCCAGGCCGAGCUGCUGAAGCUGAACAACCUCCAGAAUACAAAAUUC